CACCCUCUAUGGGUCUCACCAAGCAAUACUUGCGCUAUGCUGGCAGUGCCGUCUUUGGCGUGGUUGCCAGCCAGAAAGGAAGCAUUGCCUAUGUGACUCUGCGGGGCGAGAAAGGCCGUUACGUGGCAGUGCCAGCGUGCGAGCAUGUUUUCAUCUGGGAUACACGGAAAGGAGAGAAGGUUCUCAUCCUCCAGGGCCUUAAGCAAGAAGUCACAGCACUUUGCCCCUCCCCCGAUGGGCUUCAUCUGGCUGUGGGGUAUGAGGAUGGGUCCAUCCGUGUGUUCAGUCUCUUGAGUGGCGAGGGCAAUGUCACUUUCAAUGGGCACAAGGCUGCUGUUACAGCCCUAAAAUACGAUGAGCUGGGAGGCAGCCUGGCUUCGGGGUCAAAGGACACUGAUGUUAUCGUUUGGGACGUUAUCAACGAGAGUGGUUUGUACCGGCUGAAGGGCCACAAGGAUGCUGUUACGCAGGUGCUGUUUCUAAAGGAGAAGAAUAUACUAAUUUCCAGUGCCAAAGACACAUUAGUGAAAUGGUGGGAUCUAAAUACGCAGCACUGCUUCAAAACGCUGGUUGGGCACCGAACUGAGGUAUGGGGAUUGGCCGUAGUUGCGGAAGGAAAGCUGCUUCUCACGGGGUCUGCUGACAGCGAACUGAGGGCUUGGAGCAUCAACCAUUUCCAGGAGGGUUUAGACCCUAAUGAGCCGCAAUACAAGAAAAGUAAAGGACCUUCAGAGAGCUUGGAAGGAUCUUUGGAAGUUGAUAAGGCAGAAGAUCAGGACGAGACGCAAGAAGAGCACGUCCUGAGCUGCACAAAGGCCGGCUCCAUUAUGCGGGAAGGAAGGGACCGAGUUGUUACUCUCGCCACCGAUCGGACAGGGAGGAUUCUCGCUUGCCAUGGAACAGACUCUGUCCUGGAGAUGUUCUACAUCCUUAGCGAGGAGGAGAUCCGUAGGAAAACGGAGAAGAAAAUGAAGAAAGCAAGGAAGAAGGCCAAGUAAGACGACGAGGAAGAGGAAGUUGACGGCAGUGUUGAGUGCAGCUUGCAAGAGAAGAUUGUGCGCCUCGUGAAUGUAAAAGCUUCUGCCAAAAUCAAGUCUUUCGACUUGAUACUCAGCCCCAAAGGGGAGCUGAAAGCAGCCCUCAUGCUCCAGAACAACGUCGUCGAGUCUUACACCCUGAACUCGGCGGCGCAGUGCUCCCAGAUCGUCCGGACAUCCAAGAUAACCAUCGGGGGUCACCGUAGUGAUGUCCGGACACUGGCAUUUAGCUCUGACAACAUCGCCAUUCUUUCUGCGGCUGCUGAGUCUGUUAAGAUUUGGAACAGGUCUACCUUGCAGUGCAUCCGGACCAUGGAAUGUGAGUACGCUCUCUGCUCACUCUUCGUCCCGGGAGAUCGGCAGGUCAUUGUGGGGACCAAGGCUGGGAAGCUGCAGCUUUUUGACCUGGCUUCGGGGGUGUUGCUGGAGACCCUCGAGGCCCACGACGGAGCUCUCUGGUCCAUCUCGCUCUCUUCGGAUCAGCGUGGCUUCGUGACGGGUGGCGCUGACAAACGUGUCAAGUUCUGGGCGUUUGAUCUGGUGAAAGACCAGCACACCCUCCAGAAGAGGCUGUCCAUCAAGCAAACACGCGUCUUGCAACUAGAUGAAGACGUCCUCUGUGUCCGAUACAGCCCCAAUCAGAAACUUCUUGCCGUUGCCUUACUGGACUGCACCGUGAAAAUAUUCUACACCGAUACACUCAAGUUUUUCCUGUCUCUGUAUGGACAUAAGUUGCCGGUGUUAUGCAUGGAUAUCUCCUAUGAUGGGGCGUUGAUCGCCACUGGCUCUGCUGACCGAAAUGUGAAGAUCUGGGGCUUGGACUUUGGGGACUGUCACAGGUCUCUCUUUGCUCAUGAAGACAGUGUGAUGUACCUCCAGUUUGCCCCCAAGUCCCACCUCUUCUUCACAGCAGGGAAAGACCGCAAGAUUAAACAGUGGGAUGCUGAUAAGUUCGAGCACAUCCAGACCCUGGAGGGCCACCACCAGGAAGUGUGGUGCUUGGCGCUCAGCCCCAAUGGGGACUACGUUGUGUCGUCUUCUCACGAUAAGUCGUUGCGUCUCUGGGAAAGGACGAGGGAGCCGCUUGUCCUGGAGGAGGAGAGGGAGAUGCAAAGGGAGGCGGAAUACGAAGAGAGUGUCGCUAAGGAAGACCAGCCGGUGGUUGCUGGCGAAACGCAGGGCGAGGCCGGCUUGGCUGGGAAGAAGACCAUUGAAACCGUCAAGGGAGCGGAACGAAUCAUGGAAGCCAUCGAACUGUACCGAGAGGAAACCACGAAGCUGGAGGAGCACAAAGCCAUAUGCAGAACAACUGGGAAAGAGGUUCCUCUUCCCGUCAACUCCAUUCUCUUGGCCUACGGCAGCAUCUCACCUUCUGCUUACGUACUGGAAGUUCUCAAGAAGGUGAAGUCCAGUGAGCUGGAAGAAUCUCUGCUGGUGCUUCCCUUCUCAUACGUGCCUGACCUUCUUGGGCUCUUCAGUCAGUAUCUCCAGCAGGACUCGGAGGUGGAGCUGCUCUGCCGAGCUCUUCUCUUUCUGCUCAGGAUACACUUUGGGCAGAUCACCAGCAACCAGAUGCUGCUGAAGGUGAUGGAGAACCUGAAGAAGGCCACCAUCGCCAAAGUCAGCCAAGUGAGGGACGUGCUGGGCUUCAACAGUGCCGGCCUCCAGUUCCUGAAGAGAGAAAUUGAGGCCAAAGACGAAGUGACCUUUUUUGCCGAUGCCACCGACCGCUUUGAGGAGAAGAAGCGGAAGAGGAAGAAGAAACAGAAGAUGAUUCUCGCAGUGGUCUAGUAACUGGG